CUGAAUGGGUAUUUCCGACAAAGAAACCGAAGUGGUGACAGUACGUCAAAGAUUGGUAAGGCAACCAUCUUAGAGAUUGAAGCGACGAUUGCUACCUUUUCAAUUAAGUUUGAAAACGUUAGUCCGGCAUGAUGCACUUUCAAAAAUUUUUGUUUUGGUUAUUUUCUACUUUUCUUCGUCGAUGUGGUGCUCUUACCUCGCUAUUAGCUAUAGCGUUACAAUGCAAAAUAAUUAAUUCCAUUAAAGGCCACUAUUUUACCUGAAAAACUGAUGGAUUAAAAAACAACGAGCAACAAAAUAGAUGUCGGCAGGUGCCCAUACAGAGGCUCUAUAGUGAUACUUGAUGUGACAACAGGAAUGUCAUAUACUUGCCAUUCUACGCUGUAAUUGAAUGGUUUCAAUUGAAAUUUAGGCAUGCACAUUCAUUUAAAAAGAAACACAAAAUGAGAUUGUUAGAUCUACGAUUAGACUAUAAGGCUAUAAAGGUGAUCAGAGAUUUACACUUAAAAUGUAUAAUAUAUUGUUGAGUUUUGUCGAUUGUGGUCCUAGGCCUUAUCAUGGUGGUUUCACAUUGCUUUUGGUCCCAAAAAUUAUGUGAAAGGCAUGGACAUGAUACUGUAUAAAAAUGAGAUUAUUAAACUCAUAUCGUGCCUGCAACAUCAUGCAUGUACAUCCGUUAAAAUUUGUCACUUGUCGGUUCAUGUCAUUUUUACUCUCGCUUAAUUAAGUCAAAAUUUGUCAGUGAAUUUGUCGGUACUGACAAACCGACAAAAUUUGUCAGUUGUCGAUUCAUGUCAGUUGAACUGUCGCAUAAUUAAGUCAAAAUUUGUCAGUGAAUUUGUCGGUCCGGACAAACCAGCAAAAUUUGUCAGUUGUCAGUUUGUCAGUUCAUGUCAGUUGAACCCUAGCUUAAUCAAGUUAAAAGUUGUCAGUGAAUUUGUUGGUACUGACAAACCGACAGAAAUUUUGCAUUUGUUUGCCAAAAUGAGGAUUUGUAUUUAAAGGUUGAAUGAAAACUUGAACCUUAUGAUAGUGAGAAGCACAAAACACUGGACACUGAGGGGGCCAUGGAAAGUUUUCCUGUUAAGCGGAUUGACUUUACAUAAAAUGCAAGGGCUUUCCUCAGGGACAAAGAAAACUGAUGUAAUGAUGAGGUGUCUGUCUUUCUAAGCGGGAGUCUGUAAAACUCAGUUUGACUUUAUAUUGUGAUGGGAUCGUUUCUUCAGGAAUACAUGACAAGGACAUUGUAGCCAUUCUGCAUCUGCUGGUUGCCUUGGCACGUCAUUUUGAGUGUCCACAGAAACUGCCCAGUGGAGUUACAAUAAACACAGUCAUUGUGCAGAAGAAAGGAGGCAUUCUACUUCCUCAGAAGGUUGUUCAGGAGAUAACCGAAGUGACUAAAGGAGAAGAGUAAGUAGCGUGAGCGUCAAGAGCCAUUAUUGCUUAGAAUGUCAGAUACAACUGUUGAUGUCUUGUGUUAAAGUGUAAAGUCUUGCUACAGAGUAGGUUUUUUUGAGGCCCUAUUAUACUUAAGGGGUACGUAUAUAACCUUAGUCUGAAUUUCAAAACCAUUUGUUUCAUAUCUUGCAAAGGAAGCCGUGUCCCUGUUGAUAUUAAUUUUUGUAUAUUGUAUGUGCAUAUUUUUUAGCGCUGUUGCAGUUUUAACACAUCUUUUUGUCGUUUGUCAAAAUUUCUUCUUUCUUAUGUCGCUGUCUCAAGGCCAUGUUGCUUGUUGAAAUUUUACGCUAAUUUUAAUGAAUGACAGUGACCAUUUUUUAUGAUCUUUAAAUCACAGAAUUUAACUCUCAUUUUUCGUUUUCAGUGAUGAAGGAAAGCCUGGUAUGUCGUUGCAAUUCUUUCUAAACUUUUUUCAUGGUUGUGGCUGUUUUCCUUAACUUUUUGUCUAGUCAGUCAUUUAUAUAUCGGCUCAGUUUUUUUCUUUUCAUUUCUAGAAAGAGAUACUUUUGAUGCACUGUUUGAUAAUGCACCAGAGAAGCUAAAUGUGGUUAAAAAGGUAUAUGCAAUUUAAUUUUUGUGAAAUUAUGGCAGCCCUUAAAGUACUUUACAAUAAGGUACAUCAAGUAAUUGCCACAGAUUUGCCUCGGUCAAAGUCCAUCUAUCUGAUCUGAAAACUGUUAAUUAUUUAAAGAGAUCCAAGACAGAUGAAGUGUUUUGCAAUAGGCUGUUUUACAAUAUGACGUCAUUUUAUGAACCACAAUGCUUCAGUGUUUUGCUUUCUUGUGCAAAUUAGGGCUUUCAUUGUUUUAAACCUCACUAGGAUUUUCAAUUAUAAAUAUGAAAGGAAAAAUGAAAUAGAGUCUGGUAUUAGUAACAGUAAAAUGACACUGUUGUGCAAGCUGUGGCCAAUUCUGUGAGAAAAUUGUAAGACAUUCCAAAAAAGUAUAAUAUUAUGGUAAUUACCGACAGCUGAUUGAUUGAUUGAUUGAUUUGCAGUCUCUGCAGAGUUUUGUUAACAAGCAUCUAAGCAAGUUAAGCCUGGAGGUUGACAAUAUUGACUCACAGGUACUAAUGAAGUACAGGGUUAUUAUGAAAUGGGAAUUUUGCCCCAGCUACCAGAAUGAAUAUGACCUUUGGCUUCUUUUGUAGGAAAAUAGUUCCAAUAAAAAUCCUUAGCUGUUUGUUCCUGCCUACAUGUUUUGUUCAGCCAGCAAGUUGAAAUCUUAGAGAUAUUCCUGGAACUAGACAAGACACACCAUACAACAUCACCAUUUUAAAGCAACUUCUAAAUCAUCCUUAUGGUAUUUUAAAUUGUUCAGACAAUCAACAUAAAGGUGAUGAGGAUGAUCAGAACUACAUAUAAAUCAUGAAAAUAAAAGGUCUUAUCUUUAAAACAAAUUUUCCUGUUACUUACAGUGUAUACAGUGUACCAAUAUUGAAAGAUGUAGAGAAAGAAAGUCUGUAACAGUUAUGUUCGUAUAGGAUUAUUUUUUGAAGAAGUGGGGUAGUGGAUCCAUGGGAUAUGGGGGAGGAGGGGGCGGGGGCUACUUUAGAGCAAUCCAUGAAAAUUUAUCAUGACAUUGUGGGAGCUCACUACGUAAACUUUGGGGGUUUUCACUUUUGGAACUUUAGGAUAUACAUACUUUAGUAAUAAAAGGAACUGCUGCCCUUUAAAUAGAUUAUUGAUUAAUUAAAAUUGUUCAUUUUUUUCAUUUUUGUUGCCUUAGUUCCAUGAUGGUGUUUACCUUAUCUUUUUGCUGGGGCUUCUUGAAGGUUUCUUGGUACCACUGUACCAGUAUUACAUCACACCAGCAAACAAAGAUCAAAAGGUAUGCUGCAGUUAAUAGUUUAAUAGAAGUAGCGAUCGCGUUUACUCCAUCUAGUGCAGUUCGUCAAAUGUUGGCAAAUUAUUCUGGAGUUGAAUUUUAAAGGAUUGUUUCAAAGUACAGGAAAAGAAAAAGAACUUGGUUGUCGUGUGUGCCCGUCCUCCACAAAACGUGAAAUUAGGCGCUUUCACUUCGUAGUCGUGCAGUGACGGCAGUGGCAUAUACAAAAAGCUUGAUGCAUGUGCAAAGUUGUUGUUUUGCUUAUGAAACCUAUGCUUUUUUGCCGUUCUCGCUGCUGUCGCCGUCGUCUUUGCUUAAGCUCCAUAUUACCUUCUCGAUAAAACGUGAAACGAGGCAAAAGUCGAAAAAGAAAAAAAAAUGUACCAAAAAGUAUGCUGCACGUGCAAAGUUCUUCUUUUGCUAAUAUAAACUUACUGCUUUUUUGACAUUCUCGUUGCGGUCGCCAUCUGCCUAAAGAUACGAAGCCUUUACAACAUCCCUGUUGUUUGAGCUCGCUCAUUACUGGUGUUUUCAUUUUUCAAAACAGCUCCAUAAUGUUGCUUUAGCCAUUGACCUCAUGAGAGACAGUGGAAUGAAGUUUCAUGCCAAACCUGAAGGUAAAAAGUAAAUGAAAAGUAAAUUUAAAGGUGAAAAGCUGUAUCUCUAAGAGAAGAUAAUUCUCGGCUCAUAAUCUUGGUCGGUUCUUCGGCGCGGAGGGGGGAAACUUGAAAAUGGUAUAUAAAAGGGUACGGGGUUGAACCUCGGGGCGGAGCCUUCCCGCAGAAAUCUUUGUUGAGUACCCCCCGGGUCUAAAAAACCUCGGUUUAACGUGUGCUAAACCACUGUAAUUAUUACGAGAUUAAGCGGGGAGGGUGACCCCCAAACAGUGUUCCCCCCCACUUAUUCCCUCCAAGUAUUCAGUCCCUUUUAACAUCGUGUGGUAGCGGAACAGAAGUUGCAACAGGAAAAAAUCUGUGUUGAACGGUGAAAGAAAGAGGACAGUCUCAAGGACAGUCAAUCCAAACAAUACCAAUCUGAAUCACAGUCACUUUGAAUAUUGGCCGCCAUCUGAACAACACUGAAGCAAAUAAAUCACAGGGGUUGUUUACUGUUGACUAAAAGUUUCCGAAAAAUCCGGCUGGAAAGUACAUGGAACAUGACUCUUUAGGUCUUUCCAGCGGAAAAUUUUCAGGAGCAACGGAACAUCUGAAAAGCUAGUCGUGUUUUUUCCGGACGGAAUAGAGCGAGUUUUGUAUGACCUUGAAAUGAAAACGCGCGAACAAAACAGAAACAACAAACGAACGGAAAUAGAGCGAUUUGAUUGGUUUAUCGAACGGAAACAAACGCGCAUGGCUUUUGGUUGGUUAAGCGAACGCUCAGGUGAAAAAAACUUCAUGCCUGAGAACUUUCUAGAAAUCAAUCGAUACUUCGCUUUGACGUCGUACUGCAACACAAGUGGACAAUCGAGCAAUGCCUUCUCCAUAUUAGGGUUUUCUUUAGCGGGAAAACGAAGAGUCCAUGUUUUGAUCUUUUCAUCCAUUGGCUGAUAAAACAAAUAACAAACACUUACCGAAACCAUUUUUUAAGGUCAUACGAAAAUCGCUCCAUUCCAAACGGAAGUUUGUGUUCCAUUUCUUCAAAGCCAUCGUUGAUACCAGUUCCAGGCAGUUUCAGUAAAUGGUUCGACUGGUAUGUACAAACGGUCAACGCGAUUCCGAGGCAAAUUUUACCAGUCCUGAAUUUUGCGUACCGUUUGCCCUAGCCGAGGAUCGACUGGUUUGAACUUUCUUGUUAACGACUGAGCUUAUUUGUUUGUUUGUUUGUUUGUUUGUUUUUGCAGAUGUGGUUCAGAAGGACCUCAAGUCAACACUCAGAAUACUUUACUCGUUGUUCCAAAAGUACAAAAAUAUGAAAUAA